AUGUCGUAUUCCUACUUCCCAGAAACUUACGCUGAGAAACCCGUACGGCAGCCGGGUCGAUCCAACUAUAACCCACCACAUCUAAGAGACGAGAACAUCAAACCAUUCGGUUAUCAGACUGGGUCUUCCCGGACUGGAAGUCAAGCACCAAACAAUGGCCGCGGCCGCGGCCGCUAUGGGGGUGGUGGUAGAGGCGGUGGCCGUGGUUUUGUACCCGGUUACAAUGAAGUCGACAGACAGUUCCGUGAACCUUACAGGCGAACUCGAGACCAGUAUGAUGCUCUUGCAGAAAAGCUUAAUGAAGUUGAGCUUGUUGAUGAAAACCCGAGUAUGGGGAUUAAUUUUGAUGCAUAUGAAGACAUACCCGUUGAAACUAGCGGGUCGGAUGUACCCAAACCCGUGAACACGUUUUCCGAGAUCGAUUUAGGGGAAGCAUUGAACGAUAACAUCAGGAAUAGGUGUAAGUACGUGAAGCCAACGCCCAUACAGCGUCAUGCCAUUCCCGUAGCUUUGGCUGGACGUGAUUUGAUGGCGUGUGCACAGACAGGUUCUGGGAAAACAGCUGCGUUUUGCUUUCCGAUCAUAAAUGGGGUUUUGAAAUCACAGUCUCCGGCGGCGUCUCAGCCGGCGUUUAGACGGAGGGAGAUGACGGCACACCCACUUGCUCUUAUUUUGUCUCCGACCAGGGAACUCUGUUGUCAGAUUCAUGAAGAAGCUAGGAAAUUCUGCUAUCAAACUGGUGUUAGAGUUGCUGUUGCUUAUGGAGGAGCACCCAUUGGAUCUCAGUUGCGAUCUUUUGAAAAGGGUGUGGACAUUUUAGUUGCCACUCCAGGAAGAUUAACUGAUGUGAUCGAAAGAUCAAAAGUUUCUCUUACAAGGAUCAAGUAUUUGGCUCUUGAUGAGGCCGAUCGAAUGCUGGAUAUGGGGUUUGAACCCCAAAUCAGAAAGAUUGUCCAGUGUUUGGGUAUGCCUCCACCUGGCCGGAGGCAAACCAUGCUUUUUAGCGCAACGUUCCCUGAACAGAUACAAAGGCUUGCAUCGGAUUUUCUUUCAAACUACGUAUUCCUUUCUGUCGGAAGAGUUGGUUCGAGCACUGAUCUAAUUCUCCAAAAAGUUGUUUAUGUUGAUGAUAUGGAGAAACAAGACUAUUUAAGAAACCUUCUCCAUGAGCAAAAAGCUAAGGGAAACCUUGGAAAGAAUGCAUUGACUUUAGUUUUUGUGGAGACGAAAAGAGGUGCUGAAUCGUUAAAACAUUGGCUGUGCCAGAUCGGUUUUCCUGCCAGCACAAUCCAUGGUGACAAAGUGCAAUUUGAAAGGGAAAGAGCGCUGCAGUUAUUCAAAAAUGGUGUUACUCCAAUCUUGGUUGCUACGGAUGUUGCUUCAAGAGGGCUGGAUAUUCCACGGGUCGCUCAUGUUAUCAACUUUGAUUUGCCAAAGGACAUUGACAGCUACGUUCACAGGAUUGGGAGGACAGGUCGUGCUGGUAAAUCUGGAUUGGCAACGGCAUUCUUCAGUGCCAAAAACGCAUCCAUUGCGAAAGCUCUUUCUGAGGUUAUGAAAGAAGCACAUCAAGAAUCACCAAACUGGCUAGCUCAGUAUAUUGAUGGAUCUUCUUGUGGUGAUCGUCGUUAUAGAUCCAGCAGCAGGUUUGGUGGUAGGGAUUACCGGAGCAGCACAAACAGUAAUUCGUACUCUGCAGACAAUAACUCCUACUCAACUGGUUAUGGCGCUGCUGAUUAUGGUGGGGAGAACGGCGGAUCUGGAUAUGGCUCUGCAGAUUAUGGUGGGGCGACUGGCGGAUCUGGAUAUGGCUCUGCAGAUUAUGGUGAGGCGACUGGCGGAUCUGGAUAUGGCUCUGCAGAUUAUGGUGGGGCGACUGGUGGUGUGGACUAUGAUCCUCCUGCUCAGGCCGAGUAUGGUGGACAUGGGUAUGAAUCCAUUGUUGCUGGUGGAUGGGAAUAG